UUAAAAUAAAAACAAAUUGAUAGAAGUCUCGUGUAUUUUAUAAAUAAAUAAAAAUCAGUUUAAAUGUAUCUAUUUACCGAUUUAAUUAAUUACUAAUCAAUUAAUUAAUUAGUAUUAUAAAAGUGAUAAAAUAAUUAGUCGUAUUCCAUACUGUAAGUUUAUAAAAAUCAAUAAUUACUUUAUGUUCAAGAUAAAGCACGUGAAUUAUAGUGAGGUUAAGUUUUCAUAAAGUGAGAAAUCAGAUAAAAAAGGGAACAAUGUUUUUAAAUGGAAUAAGAAUGACAAUAAAAUGUCUCCAGUCAUCAAACCAACGUGCAAAUCCAGUGUCGAGUAUGACAAGGAUUCAAAAUUAUUCGGAUUGGUUUCAUCGUAGGCCAAAGCGAAUUGUAAAUGAAGAAGAAAUCAUAGAGUAUGCAGAAGCUGCUGAUGGACCAAAUGAGUUCCUUGAAUCAGCCAAAAAAACAUCAACACACGCACCAUUGAAAAUUCGAACGAAAAAACGUCAGGCUAAGAAAAAAGUACGGGCUGCUCCUACUGAUACUAAACUUAAAGAAGAUGGUUCUUUAAAUUUUAUUGAACUAAAAGAAAAUGAUCAUAUGUUAACAUCGCUGAUGAUGACAGUGAGAUCAAGAAAAACACGUGAAAGAAACAGUAGAAUUAUUUUAGAAGGUGUCAGACUCAUUAACGAUGCAAUUGACGCUGGACUGAAGCCAGAAAUUAUUUUAUUUAGUAGAAAUGCUGAUGUUAUGAAGUUACCAUUGCCCGAUACUGGUAUUAAAUUAUUUAAAGUACCUUACAGAGUGAUACAAACAUGGUCAACUCUCGUAACACCACCAGGACUGAUGGCUUUUUUUAUGAUGCCUGAGUUAGAGAUGCACACACCAGCACCUGAUUCCUUACCUGUCACUAUUAUCUGUGACAAUGUACGUGAUCCAGGUAAUUUAGGAUCAAUAUUGCGUGCUGCGGCUGCAGUUGGCUGCAAAAAACUUAUAACACUCACAGGCUGUGUUGAUAUUUGGAACCCCAAGGUGUUGAAAACUGCCGCUGGUGCACAUUUCCGUAUGCCAAUAUUCGACAGCAAAACCUGGGACGAAAUCAGUGGAUUAAUUGACUCGUUUGCAAAUGUUUAUGUUGCUGAUCAUAAUACUUCUGUUGAAGAGUUACAAGUUUCUGAAAAUGAUUUAGAAGAAAAUAAUGAAGAAAAUUUAGAUGCUGAGCUUGAAAGUCGAGAAGAAAAUUUAGAUACUCAGUCAAAAAAUCAAGAUGAAAAUUUAGAAAGUCAGGUUGAAGAUCAAAAAGAAAAUGACGAUGAUCAGAUCAAAGAUCAAGAAAUAAAAAUAAAGAAAAAUGAGAGAAAAAGUGGGGAGCCAUCAAAAUAUGAAGUUAAUUUGGCCAAAGAAAUGAUUAAAAAUAUUCCAGUUAUUCCGUAUUAUGCCACUGAUUAUACUGAAGAUGAAAUUAUUCUUGUCGUUGGAGGUGAAACGGAGAGCUUAAGUAUCGAAGCUAUUAAUAUGAUUAAUGAUAAGUUGGGUGUACGCGUUAAUAUUCCGAUGACUAAUAGGGUUGAAAGUCUUAACUCAAGUAUGGCUUUGGGUAUAAUUGCUUUUGAAAUAAAACGUCAAUUUGCUCUCAAAGCUGCUAAACAAGCUACCAAUCAAACUCCAAAUGAUAAAAAUAAUGAUUAAUUAAUUACCUAUUGGGUAUUUUAAUUUUAUUGAGUUAAAUGUAAAUAUAAAUAUUAAAAUUGUUAAAUUUUUAUUGAAUUAAAAUUGAUAAUAAUAAUGAUAGUAUGAUUUUUUAUUAAAGACGACUCAGAGAAGGUUCGUGAAAAAUUUAUGACGCGAUGUUAUUGAUAUAUGAGGAGAAAAUCCGUCCUCAGAUUAGUUGUAGAUGUGAUAUGGAUAAGUUUUUAGAUUCUGUUGGCGUCGAGAAGUUUCAUCAAACUUUUUUUUUUUUUACCUUUGGCAUAUCGAUGAGUAGCUGGAGCAUGUUAUCACUAGACAUAUCGUGAGAUAUGUCUUGUAUCACAUAAAACGUAAGCUUUAGAAAUAAUUUUCGCGUGUCAUGUAUAAGCGAUAUUGAUAUCGUGAAUUUUAUAUUACAUCUAUUAUUAUUAUUUUAUUGAAUAAAAUGUUUUUGACUAGUCGACAAUUAGACUAUUGAGCGGCUUUAACAAUAAGGAAAUAAAUUUAAAUAAUAAAAUCCGAAUUCAGGAUUCGAACCAAAGUCUUCAGUAAACGGGUAAAGUUUCCUAUCGUUGAUGGUUUCGCGGCUUUAAUUGAGCAGGGUGACCACAAACCGGGAAUAUCGGGAAUGAUCAGGAAAUUUAAUACAACCGGGAAAUAUCAUGGAAAUGCCGGAGAAUUUCGAAAAGUAUGCGAGAAUUAAAUUGCGACAGUUCAAAAUUUAAAAAAUUUUCAAUAGCACACUAGUUAUAAAAACAACGGAAUAUUAAAAAAAUUUCAACUUUUCAAGUGAUUAUCAACAGGUUGUGACUCGAAGGAAACUGGUCGUAUGACAAAAACAAAAAAGGCAAAUUGUAGCUUUAAGUGCCUAGUUUUCUGAUCUGGUCUUUAAAUUUUUUUAUUAUAUGCAGUUCCGGAGUAAUCCUAAGAAAACUAUCGAAAAAUAAAUUUACCAAAUUUUUGCUCUUCUUAUAAUCGGUCUUCGAGCUUCAAUAAAUUUUUUUCGAUAAUUAUCAUUGAUUUUGGAUUGCUCUAGAACCGUGCAUAAUAAAAAAUUUUCAAGAUCAGAUCAGAAAAUUAGACACUUGAAGCUACAAUUUGCCUUUUUUGUUUUUGUUGUACGACCAUUUUCCUUCGAGUUACAAACUGCUGAAAAUUACUAAAAAACUUGAAAUUAUUUUAGUAUCCCUUAAUUUUUGUAACCAGUGUAUUUUGGAUUUAUUUAAAUCAUAAAAUUUCUUAUUAAAUA